UUCAGACAAAGAUCGUGUAACUUGCUCCUACGAGAUGCCCUCGACCUCCGAACAGCUAUCGAUUGAUGAUCCUGUGCUUGUUCAUCAAACACAGAGCUCUGCUGAGCUUACCGUACACCUAACCCUUUCACGAACGGAAUCUGAGCUGGCUACCUACGAAACAGCUAGCGACCGCAAAAAAGAAUGCGAGGUCGAUAACAUUGAUGAGACUAAGUCUAUGUUAAUGGGUGAAGGGCGUUCAGAUUUUCAGGAACAAGCACGAGAUAACACAACGUUGGUUAGUGGCGAGAGAGGAAUAAAGCAGCCAGCCACAUUAUGCAGUGAAAAAGAAGAAAACAAGGAUCAUGUUUACGCUGUUGUUCACAAAGAUAGAAAAGGCAGAGCCAGUUCGGAAGCGAGCACCCUUAAAAACACUCCAGACCCCCCUCAAAAAGGAACAAGUGGGUUUCUUGUGAACCGGGCGUCCUGCGUUGAUUGUAUUGAUCGAUUGUCACAUCAAACUGAUUCAGGGCUCGAAAAAAGCAAAAAGGCUGCAGGGAGCAAGACGCUUCAGGCUGGUGGGAAUAUUGAACACUUGUACGCAGCUGUUGACAAGACAAACAAGAAGAAGAAACCGCCACAGAUUCCCCCUCCCUAUCGUGGUCUUGUGUACGCAGAUCUGAUCCAUUCCCGAGAAAACAGCGCCAAGUUUGUCAAAGAACAGUCCCAGACAGUAUACGCACACAUCGAUCACGUCAAGACAACAGGUGUGAAGAUAUCAGAGCAGAAUCUGGAGGAAACAAAGGAAGGGGAGCAUUAGUGAACUCGGUUCGUUUCUAAUCCUUGAAAUGAAUUCAUGCUGUACAUAGAUUGCUAACUCAAAACUUUAAGAAAAUGAUUGUAAUGAUUACAUAUCGCUGUUGUGGAAACAGUAAUUAGCAAUCAAUUGUUUUGGCAUUACAAAUGCCGGACUAUUUUGGUAAAAAUAAUUAGUUUCAAUUGAAUGUAACAUGGUGAUUGUAACAGCAUGAACUGUUGUGUACAUGAAUAAGAGAAUGACUCACUUUAACUUAAGUGAAAAAACUGAAAAAAAUAAGCAUUACUUACCCGCGAUAACUUUGCAUAGGGAUAGGUUCGAAAUCGGUGUUUCGCACAAGGGUGUACUGAAGAAAAGCAUUUUAUGAGCCUACUUUUACUUGGUGUUUAGUUCUACGCAAGAAGUAAGCUUUCUCUUUA